AUGGAUCAACAACGUUUCCUGCAGCAAUUGCAGAUCGUUCUCGAUCCCUCUCAGGGCAAUGUGAAGGAGGCUACUGGUAUCCUGCAGAAGGAGUUUUACAGCCAGCCUCAGUCCCUUGUUCUCCUCAUUCAGAUUGCCACUGCCCACGAUGACCAUGCCCUCCGUCAGUUGGCCGCCGUUGAGGCUCGCUCCCUUGUUGCCAAGCACUGGCUGAAGGUGGCAGCCGACCAGAAGCCUCAGGUUCGGGAACAGCUGCUCCGCUCCACCAUGGGCGAGAACUCAUCUCUCGUCCGCCACUCUAUUGCUCGUAUCAUCUCGGCUGUGGCUAAGAUAGAUUUGAACGAUGGAGAGUGGGGUGAUCUUCCCAACGUUUUGCUCCGCGCUGCUGAUACCGGUAACCAAGAGGAGCGGGCAGUCGCUAUCUACAUCCUCUUCACCAUUCUGGAGACUUUGGGCGAAAGCUUUGAGGAGAAAUUCCAGGAUCUGUUCAGCCUGUUCGGCAAGACCAUCCAGGACCCCGAAAGUGCGGAGGUUCGCAUCAACACUCUGUUGGCUCUGAGCAAGCUGGCUAUGUACCUUGAGCCCGAGACCAACCAGGCUGCUGUGCAGACCUUCCAGAACAUGGUGCCUGCUAUGGUCAACGUUCUCAAGAAUGCCAUUGACCAGAGUGAGGAGGACCGCAUCAUGCAGGCCUUCGAAGUCUUCCAGACCCUGCUUGGCUGUGACCCUGCUCUGCUCACUGUCCAUCUGAAGGACUUGGUGAUCUUCAUGAAUGAGAUUGCCGGGAACACCGAGGCCGAUGAGGAUACUCGGACUCAGGCCAUCAGCUUCCUCAUGCAGUGUGUCUCCUACCGCAAGAUGAAGAUCCAAGGCAUGCGCAUUGGUGAGCAGCUCACUCGCACUGCCUUGCACAUUGUGACCGAGCUCGACGACAACGCUCCCGGUGACGAUGAUAUCACUCCCCCCGCUCUGCUUUGGGCUUCCUCGAUAUGCUCGCCCAGAGCCUGCCCCCAAGCCAGCGACCCCAACUACCGCCGUGCUGGUAUUCUUGCCCUCGGCAUGAGUGUGGAGGGGGCCCCCGACUUCAUCAGCACUCAAAUGAAGGAGAUCUACCCCAUGGUUAGCCAGCUUCUGGCCGAUCCGGAGGUCAAGGUCCGUCAGGCUGCCCUACACACUGUUGCUCGCCUUGCCGAUGACCUUGCCGAGGACCUCAGCCGUGAGCACGAAUCGCUCAUGCCCCUUCUUUUCAAGAACCUCCAGAGUGCGAUGCAGGAAUACAAGGGCGAAGAAGAUGGCCCCAUCGUUGACAUUUUGAAGGCAGGAAUUGGUGCUGUUGAUGCUGUGGUGGACGGUCUGGAUGAGAAGGACGUUACUCCUUACCAGGCUGAGCUUGUUCCCCUUCUGCACAAGCUCUUCUCUCACCCCGACUUCAAGAUUAAGUCUCUUGCCGCCGGCGCCCUCGGCUCUCUCGCCUCUUCUGCCGGCGACUCUUUCCUUCCAUUCUUUGACGAGUCCAUGCACCUUCUGCAGGAAUUCGCCACUGUCAAGGACACCGAAGAUGAACUCGACCUCCGGGCUAGUGUCACCGACGCUAUGGGCGAGAUGGCGAACGCUGCUGGCCCCGAACGUUACCAGCCAUAUGUGGAGCCUCUCAUGCGCGCCACCGAGGAAGCCUUAAACCUGGGCCAUUCUCGCCUUAAGGAGAGCACUUACAUCUUCUGGGGCGCCAUGGCCAAGGUCUACGGCGAGCACUUCUCCCCCUUCCUUGAAGGCGCCGUCAAGGGUCUUUAUGCUUGCAUUGACCAGGAUGAGACUGAUCUGGAAGUCUCCCUGGGUGAGCAUGCCAAGGAUCUCAUUGGCCAGGAAGUUACCGUCGGCGGCCGCAAGCUCAAGGUUGCCAGCGCCGACGAUGACGACGACAUCGAAGGUGACAUCGAAGACAUUGAUGUCGAGGACGACGACGAUGCCUGGGAUGAUGAGAUCACUGCCACUACUCCUCUGGCCUUGGAGAAGGAGAUUGCUGUGGAGGUGCUUGGUGACCUCGUCACCCACACUCGCAGCUCCUUCCUGCCUUACUUCGAGAAGACUAUUGAGACUGUGCUGCCCCUCGCGGAGCACCACUACGAGGGUGUUCGUAAGAGCACUAUCAGCACCCUCCACCGCUCCUACGCCAUGCUCUUUACCAUUGCUGAGGAGAGCGGCCAAGUUGCCAAGUGGCAGCCCGGCCUUCCCCUCCAGGUUCAGCCCGCCAAGGAGGUUCAGAAGUUCGGCGAGAUCCUCAUGACUGCUACCAUCAAGAUGUGGACUGAGGAAGAAGACCGUGCUACCGUUGCGGAUAUCAACCGUAACAUGGCCGAGAACCUUCGCUUCUGUGGCCCCGCCCUGAUCGCGAACGAGACCGUGCUUCACAACGUGAUCCAGAUGAUCACCGACAUCAUCACCAAGAAGCACCCUUGCCAGCUUGAGUUCGAGGAUGAGGACCUUGAUCCCGCUGACGAGACCUCCGAGUUCGACUGGGUUGUUGUCGACACCGCCCUGGAUGUCGUCUCUGGCCUCGCCACUGCCCUCGGCCCCAGCUUCGCUGAGCUGUGGAAGGUCUUUGACAAGACCAUCCUCCGCUACGCCAGCAGCGGCGAGGCUCUCGAGCGUGCCACUGCUGUCGGUGUCCUCGCCGAGUGCAUCAACGGUAUGGCCGCCGGUGUCACCCCUUUCACCUCCACCUUCCUCAAGCUGCUGCUCCACCGUCUCGCCGACGAGGACCCCCAGACCAAGUCCAACGCGGCUUACGCUAUCGGCCGCCUGGUGCAACACUCCUCGUCUGAUGCCGAGAUCGUCAAGGAGUACCCUACCAUUCUGAGCCGUCUCGAGCAGUGCCUCCAGAUGAACGUCUCCCGCCUGCAAGACAACGCAACCGGCUGUGUUAGCCAGGUUCUGCCCGUGUUGGUCAGCAUUCUCCCUCUGAAGAACGAUUACGAGGAGAACGAGCCUCUGUACCGCAUGAUCUGCCAGAUGUACAAGUGGGAGGAUCCCACCAUCCGCGAACUCACCCCCCAGCUUCUGCCGGUUUUCCAGGCCGUUCUGACCGGCGAUGAGGAUCAGCUGGAGGAUGAGCGCCGUGCCGAGCUGAUCGAGCUUGUCAAGUGGCUCAACCAGAUGCAGGCUGGUGCCGCCCCUUGGGUGGAGCAGCUGUAG